AUGGCGGAGCAGGAUGAGUUGGACAUCCUGCUCUCGGCUGCCGAGGCCGGGAACAACAUCUACGUGUCAACGCAUGACCCGAAGUUCAAUCGGAGUAUCGCAAAUUUGAACGUGAAGGAGUCUAUAGACAUGGCUCACUAUCUUUACGUGGAAAGUGGCUUAUAUUCCAGCGGACGUGAGCUGAGCAACAAUUUCAAAUAUCAGAUUCCAUCGCAUCUUGUCGACAUCAAGGCUACAGAAAGUCUGAAACACAAGGAUAGCGUUAGUUAUGACUACCUUGUGGCUCUGGGAUGCCGUAACUGCAACCGUUCUGUCGACUUCAAAUCGCCGGGUAUGUUUUUUGAUGGCGCCGCUGGUAACGCGAUGCGCCGCGAGUUGCAAUGCCCACGCUGCGGACACACCAUCGCUCCCAUUUUCAGUUCUAGCUGCACGGACGAUUACGUGGACAGUGUUCGUAGAUCGGCUGCAUUCGGUCGCGGCAACGAGGGCGAGAAGGCGUACAUGUACGGCUUCCGGCAGGGUUGUGAGUUUGACCAAUCUGGCAAGAAGUGGUGGAACGACUUCUCGCGCAGCGAAGGCGCUACAUCGGAUGAGGGUAGCACCCUGUUCAUGGCCAAGAACGCAAACAAGAGCAGCCGCGAGGUGGUGAAGCAGUUAUGUGAGAAGUGUGGCUGUGAGGAGGCCUAUUACUCCACAUUCCAGGCUCGUUCGGCGGACGAGGGUAUGACAGUGAUGUACGAGUGCAAACAUUGCAAGAAUAGGACGGUCGUCAACACGUGA